CCUCCCCCCCCUUUCAGGCUGCACCUGUCGACCUUCCAGCCCUCGCUGACCCAGCUGUGCAACCACACCUGGCCGCGGGACGUGCACCUGGUGGGCGACUUCUCGGCCCCCUCGCGCUUCUUCCUGGCCGUGGCCGUGGGGGGGUUCCUGCUGGCCCUGGGGGGGCUGGGGGGUUACCUGGGUUUCGGGUUCCUCAACCUGGUGCUCUGGGCCGGCGGGUCCUGGUUCAUCUACAAGGAGACCCCGUUCCAUCGCCCGGCCCCUCCCCCCACCCAGGGCCACACCCCCUCCGCCAUCUGA